UGUCUCCCUCUCUCUCUGCCCCUGCGCCGUUCAUGCUCUGUCUCUCUCUGUCCCAAAAAUAAAUAAAAACGUUGAAAAAAAUUAAAAAAAAUAAAAAAUAAAAUAAACUCUUAAACCGUUUAGAGUCUAGAGUUUAGAAUCUACAGUUUAGAGUCUAGAGAUAAGCUAGACGGAAUCUCCUCACAGACUGCCACCCCAGGAGGGCAUAGAUUCCCUCUAAAGGUCGAGUUCCUUGGAGAAAAGAGAUUUGCGUGGGAAAGCUCUUGGUUCCUUUAGGGGGUCCAUACCUGUUGGCCCAGCCUCUUCUCCGUGCCUUGCUGCCUCCCGCUCCCGUUCUCCCGUUCUCCCCUCUCCAGUGUGCCCACUGUCACACCCGUUAAACUUUCUGGAGGUUUAUUUUUUUGCCUGAUGUAGAUCUGUGGCUUCAGCCUCACCAGCACGGGGCUUGGCGCUUGCUGGUGGUGGUGAGGAUCUCAGGGGACCCCAGCUCACUAAAAGGAAUGGCAAUGGCUUAGGUCGACCCCAUUAUUAAUGGCACCCUGAUGUGUGAUCAUUUCUGGGAAUUCCUUGAGGGCAGGAGCCUCCUCUGGUCCCUCUCUAUGCUUUUGGGCUUCACCCCGAAUGAGUCCUGGCAGUCCAGAGGCACUAGGGAAAACCUCCUGAGCAGACGGGAACCCGGGGAUCGGCCUGCUGCCCCCAUCAGAGCACCCAGAGUCUGGAAGGCAGCUGUGCUCACCGCUAUAACCACCAGCGCUGCACCAGAGCGCCCAGGAUCUGAUGGUUGGUGUCCACAGGGCUGCGAGAACCAUCCACCUUCGUGCCUCUAGGUUCAUUCCCAGGCGCACGAGAGGCCCCAGGGGACAGGCAAUGAGUGAGAGAAAGCUCCGUAGGGCCCAUGUUUCUUCCAUUAGGGCACCCUGACUGCUGAUUCUUUGCCUCCCGGAACUCUUUGCGGUCCAGGGGCCUUGUCUGAUUCUUGUAUUUGACGCCUCCUCUCCCCCCACCACCUCCACGCCUGGCCCAGCCGUGGGGCGCUGGUGCGCAGGGGGCCCUGGUGACAGGCACUGAGCAGAAACAACGUCGGGGCUCCCAUAGCACCCCACGCUGCCUCUUUAGACAACCCUGAUCCUUCAUGCUCCUUGGGGGUGAAUAAGGCCCCUCCCACCUAUAUCUGUGAGCCAGGCUGUCCCCCAGCACAGGCCUCUGAGGGCCGGGACGUGCUCAGAAACCGCGGCCAGGGUUCCCCCAAGCCGGGCCGGUCUGCACCCAGCCAGCUCAGGUGACCAGGAGGGCGCCGGGCACACCUGGCGCCGUCCCCUGACCCCGCCCCGGGCCCGGCCGCACCCCGGAACGCUCUCCGGGGGAGCCAGCUUGGAGGAGCAAGGCCAUGGCCGCGGCGCCAGCGGUGGGCGCCCCGCAGGGGCCCCCGCCGGGUGUACCGUCCCCGCCGGCCGCCGCGCCAGGGCCUGCGUCCGGCCUGGGCCGCUGCCGGAUGGCGCUGCUGCUGGCCGUGGCGCUGGACGUGGCGGGCAUGGCGGCGCUGCUGACCGGCGUGUUCGCGCAGCUGCAGGUGCGCGGCCGCGACUUCGGCGACCUGCUCAUCUACUCGGGAGCGCUGCUCGUCUUCCUGAGCCUGCUCGGCUGGAUCCUCUGGUACACCGGCAACAUCGAGAUCUCGCGCCAGGAGCUCGAGCGCGACUACGGCCUGCGGCCCUCGGCGCUCGCCCGCCUCGCGCGCAAGCUCUCCCGCCGUUGGUCCGCCCCGGCCUCCUCCUCCGGCCCGCGCGCCGCGCCCGGCUCCCGGGGAGCGCGCCGUGCCGCCCGCGCGCCCCCGCCGCCCGCCGCCAGCUCCCGCCGCGUGCGCCUGCAGCUCGCCACGCUCGAGGCCGGGCCCGGGGCGGCGGGCGCCGGCACCGAGUGAGCCCGAGACGAACCCAUGGCCCCACCUGUUGGCACUGGACCAGGAUGUGCAGCUGUGCCCAAAAUCAUUUGGCCACCAGGAUGCCUAUCUGUCCUCCCCCAUUGCCCCCCCCCCCCAUAAAUGGCUCUGCCUCCUA